AGCAGGGAGUCUGCUUCUCCCUCUGACCCUGCCCCCCUCAUGCGCGCGCGCUCUUUCUCUCUCUCUCUCAAAUAAAUAAAAAAUCUUUAAGAAAAUAAAACGUGUAAGACGUAAAGAAAUACUCUGAGGGACACAUCCCACCCAAUGCCUAUAUUACAAAAGAAACGUCUAUAAUCAGUGAUCUCAGUCUCUAAGUUAAAAAACUAGCAAAUAAUGAAAAAAUUUGAAAAUUAAGGAAAAAAAAGUAGAAGAGAGGAAAUAAACCUGAGCAGAAAUCAAUGAAAUAGGGAACAAAAACAAUAAAGAAAACCUAUGAAAGCAAGAGUGCUUUGAGGGAUUUGAGAUCAGUAAAGUUGAUAAGCCUCUUGCCAGAACGAUCAGGAAAAAAUAAAGAUGACACAAAUUACCAAUUUCAGAAAUGAGAAAUUCUUCUGUAGGUAUUAAAAGGAAAAUAAUACUGUUAAAAGAUUGACAUUAACAAAUCCCAACAACGUAAGAUAUUUUCAUAACCAUUAAAGCUCACUACAGAACAAAUAUUAAAUAUUUGUUGAAUUCGGUAAUGUUAAGAUAUUAUUAAAAGCAGGGUGCUGAGUCCAGGCUUCACACAGAGACAAAUAAGGCAUUUUCAACCCCAAGCGGCUUUCAUUUACUGGAGGAGUAAAAAAAAAAAAAAACAAAGCUUAAUACAGAUCCGGUGCUGAGGAGCGAGGGAAAACUGGGUCAGAGAAAGCUUCUCUGGGGAGGAGUCAUUCAGCUGAGACAAGAAAAAGCCGUUAAAAUAUGGGUAUCAGAAAAAGAGCCGCUGUGCGUCAUAUCAGGUGGUAGGUAGCCCAGAGGAGCCCUCCGCGACCGGGCCUCUGCCGAACGCCUUGUCCUCCCUGUCUCUGAGGUGUCCCAUCUCUUUCCCCACUCGCGCUCACUGGCGCUAGGCGUCCACCUCCGGCCAAACCGGGACUGCAGCAGUGUGCGCCUGCGCACUCAAGCAAAGUGCUCGCUGGAGGGGGCGAGGCGGCUGCCGGAAGUGUGACCUCUCGCUCCCUGCUCGCUCUUCCCAUCCGGGGUCGUGGAGGUCUUCCGGGUGUUCCUGACAGGGUUUUCUACGCCGUUUUUUCGGCGAAUUUUUGGUCUUCCGCUUCUUGCUACCGGCCCGAGCCUUCCGCACGCUUGCUAGCCCUGUCUUUUCUUGUGUCGCUCCUCCCCGGCCGCCGAGCCCGGGGUUUAGAUUGCAAUCGGGAUCCGGAGCCAGGCCUAGCCCUUCCGCAGGCCACUACCUGCUUUGGCUGGGGCGAAAGCUACAACCGUGCACGCCGGACUCUCGCUGCUCGGGCCUUGGAGCUCCUGGGCGAGCAGUGCCGGUAGGCCCUGCUUAGCCCUUCCCCAAGGACACCUGUGAGUCAGGGGGGUUUCGGAAAAGGACGCAACCGUGUAGGCCCAGGUCGGGGGCGGGGCUCGGGGAACUUUUCCCGAAACCUCACUGUUAUGUUUGCGUGGGAAGUUCCGGCAAUAUUUCUUAGACGUCCCAGACUUAUGGGCGGCCCCCAGGCUGCAGCACUUUUUGAAGAAUCUUAGGACCAGUUACUUUUUCCACUCGUUUCCCUUCCUCGCACCCGGUUCUCAGUCUAGGACCAUAAGAGGAAGACUGUCUUGGGACCCCUGCAUGGUGUUUCAAAGGGUGGUGAAAAACUAAGGUAGAAGAAUACAUGUUCACUUUUAGUGAACAAGAGCAUGUUCCCAAACUCAAUUUUGGGUCGCCCGCCUUUCACCCCAAACCAUCAACAACAUAAUAACUUCUUCGCCCUGUCACCAACUCUUUAUUCACACCAGCAGCUUAUAGAUGCACAGUUCAACUUUCAGAAUACAGACUUGUCAAGAGCUGUGUCUUUACAGCAGUUGACAUAUGGAAAUGUCAGUCCAAUACAGACCUCAACAUCUCCGUUAUUUCGAGGAAGGAAGAGAUUAAGCGAUGAAAAAAACCUUCCUCUUGACGGUAAACGGCAGCGUUUCCAUUCACCCCACCAAGAGCCAACUAUAGUUAACCACAUAGUGCCUUUAUCAGGUGAAAGAAGAUACUCAAUGCCGCCAUUGUUUCAUACACACUAUGUACCAGAUAUAGUCAGAUGUGUUCCACCUUUUCGAGAAAUACCAUUUUUAGAACCUAGAGAAAUCACACUGCCCGAGGCCAAAGAUAAGUUGAGUCAGCAGAUACUGGAGUUAUUUGAAGCAUGUCAGCAGCAAGUAAGUGAUUUAAAGAAGAAAGAACUGUGUCGAACACAGCUGCAGAGAGAAAUUCAGCUGUUAUUUCCACAAAGCAGACUUUUUUUGGUUGGGUCCUCUUUAAAUGGAUUUGGUACCCGGAGCAGUGAUGGUGAUUUAUGCCUAGUUGUUAAAGAAGAACCAGUAAAUCAGAAGACUGAAGCACGGCAUAUACUCACCUUAGUCCAUAAACACUUCUGUACUAGACUUUCUGGCUACAUUGAGAGACCUCAGCUGAUUCGAGCAAAAGUGCCAAUUGUGAAGUUCAGGGAUAAAGUCAGUUGUGUGGAAUUCGACUUGAAUGUAAACAAUAUUGUUGGAAUAAGAAACACAUUCCUUCUCAGAACUUAUGCAUACCUUGAAAAUCGAGUUCGUCCGUUAGUACUGGUGAUUAAGAAGUGGGCGAGUCACCAUGAGAUAAAUGAUGCCAGUCGUGGUACUUUAAGCAGCUAUAGUCUUGUAUUGAUGGUUUUGCACUAUUUACAAACCCUACCUGAACCCAUCCUUCCAUCCAUCCAAAAAAUUUACCCAGAAUCUUUUAGUCCUGCUGUACAGCUGCACCUUGUACAUCAAGCUCCAUGUAAUGUUCCUCCUUACCUCUCGAAGAAUGAGUCAAAUCUUGGGGACCUCUUACUGGGCUUUCUUAAAUAUUAUGCUACAGAAUUUGACUGGAACAGUCAAAUGAUUUCAGUUCGUGAAGCCAAAGCCAUUCCCAGGCCUGAUGGUAUUGAAUGGAGAAAUAAAUACAUCUGUGUAGAAGAACCUUUUGAUGGAACAAAUACAGCCAGAGCGGUGCACGAAAAGCAGAAAUUUGACAUGAUCAAGGAUCAAUUUUUAAAGUCGUGGCACAGAUUGAAAAACAAAAGAGAUUUGAACAGUAUACUACCUUUAAGAGCUGCUAUCCUGAAAAGAUAACUGGCCUGUAUUUCUUAAUAAAAUCUUCUGAGAAAUAAAGAACAAUAGUAACAUCAUAAUGCAUUUUGUUUACCUCCAUCAUGGUUUCUUUUUAAUUGUUCUUGUUUUCAUGUUUUAUUUUUAAGAGGACAUACUUAUAUAAAGAUUGCAUAUUUUAUUAUGACAUUUCCUAAUAAAACCCUUUGAUUUAAAGAUGUAUUUUUGAAAAUGUUUACAUUGAUUAGUAAUAUUAUGGCAUGAAUUUUCAGAUCAGAUAAAAUAUUUUUUGGGGAAUUAUCUGAACAAAUAAAAGGUUUUUGAUAUAACUUCAAUUAAUUAUACCACAUGCUAAUACUAAAGAUAUGUGUGGAAUUUUGGAAAGGGAUUGAUUCAUACAUACUUAACGUAUAACGUACAGUAGAUAGUUUGUUGUCUCUCUAUUCUAGUAAAGUGAAGAUUCAAGCCAGUUAUUCAGUUACUUGAAGCAAAAUGAAAUCUGUUAUUUCACUGAAAUCACUGCAGAGGCUUGAAAUACUGGACAAUUGCCUUAAGUCUUCACUUGACUCACCAGGAUAGACUGAGGCUUUGGGUGUGUCUCUAUUAGCAUUUCAUUAGUACCUCACAUGCUUUUGAUGUACUCUUGAGAUUGCUUUAAGUUUUUUGUUGAAAACAGUACAUUUUGCACUGUAGUAAUAUGAGCACUAACUCUGUAUUUUUCAGCAGUUAGUAAAUUGUUUUAAAGAAUUAGUUCAUUGUAGACAUUUUGAAAAGAUUGUAAGUCCCCUGUGCUUUAUGAUAGUUUAGUGCAUUGUGCACUUUUACUUUAUUUUAUGUUUUCUUGCUUUUAUUUUCCCUGUGACGUGAAGCAUCAGACUGGGGAAAGAUCAAAGUUGAGAUUAUAGCCUAUUGAUGGUAUCAGAUUUCUUCUGUAUACAGUUACAGGAUUGUAAUCUAAACUGGAAUUUUUAGGCAGUAAGCCACUAUAAAAUGUUUUAGGUAAGACAUAAAAUUAUUAUAAAUAAAAACUUAAUGUUUGUAAAGAUAACUUUUUUAGUAUUUUUUUUCCAUAUGAAGAAGUAGUGGUAGCUGCUUAAAAAAAGGCUACAGUGUUUUAUUAAGGUUGUUUUUGGUUUAUGUAAAUAUUUGUAAAUUGGUCAGUGCCUGUACAUUUAAAUAUGAAAAGUAAUCUUGAAAACAAUUUUAACUUUUUCAGAAGGACUGUGUACAACUUCUUUUAGGCCUGCUGUAGCACAGUUUGUACCUCUAAUGUAUUUGGGUUUUUUGCAGACCAAUUCAAAUGCUAAGACUUUUGCUUUUCUUUGACUUGUAAAGGUGCAUAUUUUCCUUUUCUUCUUUAAGUUUAAAUUUUUGUAUGAUGUCAAAUGGAAUAAAGUUUAUAUAUG